AUGUCAGCACCAUCCUCCGCGCCUUCCGCUCCGGCUGAGAACGCCGCGGCGGAAAAUGACUUUCUGUCCCCGGAUGCGGGGCAGAAGCCGCUCGGUCCCACGCCCAGCCAGAGCCGCUUCCAGGUGGACCUGGUGGCGGAGGCUGCCGCCGCCGCGGACGACAAGUCCCCGAGCUCCGACGCCUCCGCCGCCGUCCCGGAGGCAGCGGAGACCGACCCGGGGGCCGGCGGGGAGGAAGCCAAAGGUCGCUUUCGGGUGGUGAACUUUGCGGACCCGAGCGGGUCGGCGAGCCCGGCUUCUCCGGAGGCGCCCCCGGCCGAGGGGCUCCAGAACGGGGACACGGUGAUGAGCGAGACCAGCCUGCACUCGUCCACCGGGGGCCAGCACCACUACCACUACGACACCCACACCAACACCUACUACCUGAGAACUUUUGGCCACAACACCAUCGACGCCGUGCCCAACAUCGACUUCUACCGGCAGACAGCGGCCCCCCUGGGGGAGAAGCUGAUCAGGCCCACCCUGUCGGAGCUGCACGACGAGCUGGACAAGGAGCCCUUUGAGGACGGCUUUGCGAACGGGGAUGAGCUGACGCCGGCUGAGGAGGGUGCCACUAAAGACGCCGCCGAUUCCAAAGGAGUGGUGAAGUUCGGCUGGAUCAAAGGAGUCCUGGUGCGAUGCAUGCUCAACAUCUGGGGCGUGAUGCUCUUCAUCCGCAUGUCCUGGAUCGUGGGUCAGGCAGGAAUCGCUCUCUCCUGUUUGAUCGUCGCCAUGGCGACCGUCGUCACCACCAUCACCGGCCUGUCCACGUCCGCCAUCGCCACCAACGGGUUCGUCCGAGGAGGCGGAGCGUAUUACCUGAUCUCCAGGAGUCUGGGCCCGGAGUUCGGAGGCUCCAUCGGUCUGAUCUUCGCCUUCGCCAACGCCGUGGCCGUGGCCAUGUACGUGGUGGGAUUCGCCGAGACCGUGGUGGAGCUCCUCAAAGGCGUGGACGCCGUCAUGACGGACGAGGUCAACGACAUCCGGAUCAUCGGCACCAUCACCGUCAUCCUGCUGCUGGGCAUCUCCGUGGCGGGGAUGGAGUGGGAGGCCAAGGCGCAGAUCUUCCUGCUGAUCGUCCUCAUCACCGCCAUCAUCAACUACUUCAUCGGGACCUUCAUCCCCGUCAAGUCCAAGCAGGCUUCGGGCUUCUUCGGCUACGACGGUUCCAUCAUGUGGGAGAACAUGGGUCCGGACUUCCGAGGCGAGACCUUCUUCUCCGUCUUCUCCAUAUUCUUCCCGGCCGCCACUGGCAUCUUGGCGGGAGCCAACAUUUCGGGAGACCUGGCGGACCCUCAGCUGGCCAUCCCCAGAGGAACGCUGCUGGCCAUCCUGAUCACCGGGAUCGUCUACCUGGGUGUGGCGGUGUCCACAGGCUCCUGCAUCGUGAGGGACGCCAGCGGGAGCCUGAACGACACGGUCAGCGCCCAGUUCACCAACUGCACCGAGGCCUCCUGCAACUUCGGCUACGACUUCUCCUCGUGCCGCAGCGCCGAGAAGGGCUGCUCCUACGGGCUGCAGAACGACUUCCAGGUGAUGAGCAUGGUGUCGGGCUUCGGGCCCAUCAUCACCGCCGGGAUCUUCUCCGCCACGCUGUCGUCGGCGCUCGCCUCGCUGGUCAGCGCGCCCAAAGUGUUCCAGGCUCUGUGUAAAGACAACAUCUACCCCGGCCUGGGGAUGUUCGCUAAAGGCUACGGCAAGAACAACGAGCCUCUCCGAGGAUACAUCCUGACCUUCGGCAUCGCCCUGGCCUUCAUCCUCAUCGGCGAGCUGAACACCAUCGCUCCCAUCAUCUCCAACUUCUUCCUGGCGUCCUACGCCCUGAUCAACUUCUCCGUGUUCCACGCGUCGCUGGCCAACUCUCCAGGCUGGCGUCCCAGCUUCAAGUACUACAACAUGUGGGUGUCGUUGGCCGGCGCCGUCCUGUGCUGCGUGGUGAUGUUCGUCAUCAACUGGGGCGCCGCGCUCCUCACCAACGUCAUCGUCAUGGGGCUCUACAUCUACGUCAGCUACAAGAAGCCAGAUGUGAACUGGGGCUCCUCCACCCAGGCUCUGACCUACCACCAGGCCCUCACACACACUCUGCACCUCAGCGGCGUUGAGGACCACAUCAAGAACUUCAGGCCUCAGUGUCUGGUGAUGACCGGCUACCCGAACUCCCGCCCCGCUCUCCUGGACCUGGUCCACAGCUUCACCAAGAACGUGGGCCUCAUGAUCUGCGGUCACGUUCGCACGGGCUACAGGAGGCCCAACUUCAAGGACCUGGCCACGGACCAGUCCCGGUACCAGCGCUGGCUGCUGAAGAACGAGACCAAGGCCUUCUACACGCCGGUGUUCGCCGAGGACCUGAGGCAGGGCUCCCAGUACCUGCUCCAGGCUGCCGGUCUGGGCCGCCUGAAGCCCAACACGCUGGUCCUGGGCUUCAAGAACGACUGGCGGGACGGAGACAUGAUGAACGUGGAGACGUACAUCAGCAUGAUCCACGACGCCUUCGACUUCCAGUUCGGGGCCGUGAUCCUGCGCCUGAAGGAGGGACUGGACGUGUCCCAUAUCCAGGGACAAGACGAGCUCCUGUCCUCGCAGGAGAAGUCCUCGGGAAUGAAGGACGUGAUCGUGUCCAUCGACACCAGCAAAGACUCGGACGCCGACUCGUCCAAGCCGUCCUCCAAGACCACCAGCCUGCAGAACAGCCCCGCCAUCCAGAAAGAUGACGAGGAUGAUGGAAAAGCUCCCACUCAGCCCCUGUUGAGAAAAGAUAAGAAGAGCCCCACAGUCCCUCUGAAUGUGUCCGACCAGAGACUGCUGGAGGCCAGCCAGCAGUUCCAGCAGAAGCAGGGGAAGGGAACCGUGGACGUGUGGUGGCUGUUUGACGAUGGAGGUCUGACCCUGCUCAUCCCGUACCUGCUGACCAACAAGAAGAGGUGGAAGGACUGCAAGAUCCGCGUCUUCAUCGGCGGGAAGAUCAACAGGAUCGACCACGACCGCCGAGCGAUGGCCACGCUGCUCAGCAAGUUCAGGAUAGACUUCUCAGACAUCACCGUGCUGGGAGACAUCAACACCAAGCCCAAGAAGGAGCAUGUGACGGCCUUCGAGGAGAUGAUCGAGCCGUACCGGCUGAAGGAGGACGACAUGGAGCAGGAGGCCGCGGAGAGGCUGAAGAACAGCGAGCCCUGGAGGAUCACCGACAACGAGAUCGAGCUGUACCGGGCCAAGACCAACCGUCAGAUCCGGCUGAACGAGCUGCUGAAGGAGCACUCCAGCACGGCCAACCUCAUCGUCAUAAGCCUGCCGCUGGCCCGGAAGGGCGCGGUGUCCAGCGCUCUGUACAUGUCGUGGCUGGAGGCGCUGUCCCGGGACCUGCCGCCCAUCCUGCUGGUGCGAGGAAACCACCAGAGCGUCCUGACCUUCUACUCCUAAAGCCGGUCCGGCCGGAGCCGCCACAGAGCCACACACACACUCCAGUCCAAAGCUAGCGGUGCAGCACACACACACACACGCACACACACACACGCGCGUGCACACACACACUCCAGAGACGGUGAAACACCCUGAUGGAAACCUGGGAGCGAGGCGGAGCUGCUGGAGGCGUUUCCUUUCUCUCUCUCUCUCUCUCUCUCUCUCUCUCUCUCUGAGCUGUAGUUUUUUUUAAUGAGUUCGUUUCCUCGCGGAGGGUCUGUGUGGUUCCAGUAGAAGUGUCCGGGCUCCGUCUGCUGCUGUUCAUCGGAGCAAUAAUCAGCCUGUAGUUGGUGUGAAUGUGGGAGAGGAGACCUUGUGAAGCCUUACGACGUGCCUUCCAGUCCAACCACACGAAAUCACCCCCGCCUCCAUCCUCACCCGCUCCCAGAACUAGCUACUUUUAUUGACUUUUAACGGGACUUUUUUUUUUUUUUUUCCUUCUUUUUGGGUAUUUAUGCGAGUGGGUUGCGUGGAUUUAAUGAAGGGGUCCGCUGUCUCUGUGUCCAUCCUGAUCAGCAUGUUUUUUUUUUUUCCGGGUUUGUCUUUCUUCCAUCUUUAAAGUCUUCCUUUGGAUACUUUCAAUCGCUCAGCUGCUCAAAACAAAGACACAGUCUCUCUGUCUCUCUCUCUCUGUCUCUCUCUCUCUCUUUCGGGGCGCAGUGCCUGAAUCGAAGUGUACUCUGUGUGAAGUGUUUGUCAUUAAAGAUGUGAAUCUAGUUUUUUUUUCCCAUGAGUCCUGUGAAGUGGACCGAGUGUCUGUCCAAACCUGUCCCCCAUCCAACUUCUGCCUUAAACUGCGACCCGCGACGGUCACCACACGCUUCUCCUGCUCAAAGCCCAACCACUGGACGCCGUGCGUGUGUGUGUGUGUGUGUGUGUGUGUGUGUGUGUGUGUGUGUCUGUGUAGAUAUACCUCUAUGCAUCUGUAAUGAAUGCUGUGUUCGUUCUUCAAGCACUCCAGAGUCUGCUCUGCGUUCUGUCUGGGUGUUGCUGUCUGGGUGUUGCUGUCUGGGUGUUGCUGUCCCGUUGGUUUUUUUUUUGGAGGUGUGUUCACACGGUUUGGUCCUCCUGUCAAUAUUUAGCACACAUCUGAUGGAGAUCAGUUACUGAACUGCCAGGAAACGAUUGGAUGAAACAGGGUUCUUCUUUUCACUGUCUCCACACCGACCGGUCUUUCUUCCAUGUAUCCUGUCCUGAUAUCGUAUGCAAUCCGAAGGAAUGUGACGCGGCGCUGAGGUUAGCCCGGAGGUCUGCAGCUCCAUGAAGCUUUUUUUUUUGGCUGAACUGUACAUAAAAGUUUUCACUCGAAAGGACAAUCUUCCUCUCCUGGGUUUUCAGAGAGCCGAACUUCUGCCGUCUGAACGGCGAGAACCAAAUCCUGAAGUUCCCGAGCUGUUCUCAUGUUCUGCAGACCUCUGCCUAGUGGAAUGUACUGUACCAUAACUUUAAUAAAGACACACUACCGCUAGCAGUUAGCAUUAGCAUUCAGAGUGUGCUUCAGUCUUGUUGUGUGUGUGUGUGUGCGUGCGUGUGUGUGUGUGUGUGCACAUUCACUACGCGAGUAUAUUCCUGACAGCUCAGCGGUGUUUCUGCUGAGGCGGCCAGGUGGCGAGAGGCCUUCGGCUCCGGGCGCUGCGCUCGACACGGGUUCCUCUACAUGUGUACAGUCCAGUCAGUCUGUAACCCGCCAUCCGUAUAUUUAAUAUAUUUACACCUAUAUCUGCCAGAGACGCUCCGGUCUCCGACACGUCGCCGAAGAAGGAGAGAAACCAAAUGUUCAUGAUUACUGCACAAACCAUCAGAAGCGUGUGUGAGUGUGUGAGUGUGUGUGUACGUGUGUCACAAUGUAAAUUAAAGCCACAGUCUGUAAAUAAACCUUGUAGUCUCACGGCUUCAUUUAGAGGAAAAAAAAAAAAUCACAUUUCAACUUGGAGAAAGAUAUUUAUUUAGUGCAGAGUUUUCUCCACUUUCUUUCGGUUUU